UGCGCGCGGCGGCGGCGCGGGCGCGUGCCCUAGGUCGACGCGUGCGUCCGGGGGCCGGGCCGGGCCGGGCGACUGUCGGGAGCGCGCCGGCCCGCCCGCCCGCCUGCCUGCCUGCGGCCCCUCCUGGUCUCGGCCCCCGCCGCGGGCUCUGAAGGCUGCCUCCCGCGCCGGCAGGGCUGCCCGGACGAGCCUUAUGACCUUGAGCAAUGCCUUUAAUUCUGUUGAGGAGGAGUGAAUGAUACAAUGCAUUUAAAGUGCUUAGUAACACUGCUGACACAUAGUAAAUGCCCUUUGCUUUUGUAAUACUGAAGAUGGUCACAACUAAAGCAAGGAGUUGGGAGUAGACAAGAGUGGCCACAGAUGAGUGUGGGAAGAAGACCUGCUUGAGAUGUGGUGGUUUCAGCAAGGACUCAGUUUUCUUCCUUCAGCCCUUGUAAUUUGGACAGCUGCUGCUUUCAUAUUUUCCUACAUUACUGCCAUAGUACUCCAUCACGUUGAUCCUGUUUUGCCUUAUAUCAGUGAUACGGGUACCUUAUCUCCAGAAAAAUGCUUGUUUGGGACAAUGUUAAAUAUUGCUGCAGUUUUAUGCAUUGCAACCAUUUAUGUUCGUUAUAAGCAAGUUCAUGCUCUGAGUCCUGAAGAGAACCGUAUCAUCAAAUUAAACAAGGCUGGACUUGUAAUUGGAUUUCUGAGUUGCUUAGGACUCUCUGUUGUGGCAAACUUUCAGAAAACAACCAUUUUUGUUGUACAUAUAUGUGGAGCUGUGCUCACUUUUGGUAUGGGCUCAUUAUAUAUGUUUGUUCAGACCAUCCUUUCCUAUAAAAUGCAACCAAAAAUUCAUGGCAAACAAAUCUUCUGGAUCAGACUAUUUAUACUCAUCUGGUGUGGAGUAAGUGCACUAAGCAUGAUGAUUUCCUCAUCACUUUUGCACCAUGGCAGAUUUGACACAUAUAUAGACCAGAAACUUCAUUGGAACCCUGAGGACAAAGGUUAUGUGCUUCAUUUGAUCACUACUGCAGCAGAAUGGUCUAUGUCACUUUCCUUCUUUGGUUUUUUCCUGACUUAUAUCCGUGAUUUUCAGAAAAUUUCUUUACAGGUGGAAGUCAAUUUACAUGGAUUAACCUUGUAUGACACCGCUCCUUGCCCUACUAACAAUGAACGAACAGGACUACUUCCCAGAGAUUUAUGAUGAAUGUAUAAAAUAUUUCUAUGAUGAUUAUGUUUCUCAGGGAUUGAGGAAAUGAUCAUGAAAGUUACUUUUCUAUGAAAAUUUCAACCAGUUAAUCAAGACUGACAGUGAAAAAGAUGGAUGCUGAUCAUUAAGAGACAUGAAAUGAGCCAGUUGACAUGUUUUAAGGCAUCUUCAAGAGGACUGCAUAAAACUGCUGUACUUUUUAAUAACCCCAGGAAAUAAUACCAAAGGAAUAAAACACUGUAGGACUUUUUCUUCUUUACUUAAGAGAAACAGAAGUAGAUCAAGCAUUCUGAAAAACUCAGCCUCUCACAUUUUUUAAGUCACCGUAAAAUGUUUUGUUUCAAGCACUUUUAGCAGAGACACUUUAAGACCUCAGAUAGUCUGCAUUGCUCAGCAGCUCCUUUAAAUUAGGUUUUAAGCAAAGUUUUACAAAGUACAUUUCUUACAGCUUUUCUAACUUUUUUUUUUUUGAAUACUUAUAAAGGGAAACAGACCUGAAUUCCUGUGAACUAUUUCAUUACUUAAACUUUUGCACAAGAGUAUCUAGAAGUCUUGAUUUGACUUCUGCCACCAGGUCAAUUACUGUUUUGGUCUAUGACACAUGCUUUUAAUUGUUUCAUGAAGCUUAAUCUCUGGUAUGAUAUUUUACUAAUAAAUGAGAGAAGUAGCUACCCAUAAAUUUACUCUGAUCACGUUUUACAUAAAAACAUGUAUUAUAUAAAAGACGUUUGAAUAAUAUCAGGUAUUACUAAUAUCAAAUAAAAGACACUUAAAACUUUA